UUAUUUGAUUUGUUUCAUGUCUGUGUUUAUUGUAGGUAUUUGUUACUAAUAUAAUUUAGAGGAUAAAUGUUGAACUUCUCAGAAAUGAUGUAUACUGUUGGGGGCACUGUGAGAAGAAAAGAGUAGUGGGUAAAGAAGGAGAAAGAAGAAGGAGAGUUAACACGUUUCGUUCAUAUUAAAACUUUCAGCCCCAUAAUCUGUCACAGAAAACAAAAGAGAAAAACAACCGGGGCAAAUAAAUCUACCAGAAAAGAAAAGCUGUCGUUGUUAUUGUCCAAGGGGGCAACAUUUGCAAAACUUAAUUUUAUUUUGCAACGCUUCACUUCUUUUGCAAGUAUACGUGGCCCUGUUUUCACAUAUAUCAUAUACUUCAUAUAUUCACACUCUUUGCAGAACCUUUGCUCUGGAUAGUAAGCCUUGCAUCUAGUGUGACAUUACAUCUUUCCUGUGUUACUUUCAGAGCUGUGAUCUCACUGUUGAGGUUUGAAAGUGAGACUGAAGGAAAUUAACUAUUUUAGUCUUUCCACUUCUUUGGUUUAGCUGGUCGAAUUUUGUGUCAGUCUCAACAUCUCAACUGCAGAAGCUGCUGAGGAUCUGGAAAGACUGAGAGAAAGAGAAAUGGCUGAUACCUGUCAUUUGUUUCUGCUGGGACUAGCAAUUCUCUCUUCACUUCUCACAGGAACCAAUGGAGUGAAUGAUGCUUAUGUGUUCAUCAGUUCUGGUGAAGAUGUCAGUCUGCCCUGUAAUAAUGCUUUUCAUGACUGCAAAUCAACUACAUGGCUCUAUAACAGACUCAGUAAUUCAGCAGCAGAGGAACUGAUUCGUUUAGGGGAAAAGAAGAAAGACACAGAGAGACAUGAGAGACUGAGUCUUGGGUCCAACUGCUCUCUGAACAUCAGGAACAUCUCAACAGAAGAUUAUGGAUCUUACAUCUGCCAACAGUGGACUGGUGACAAGAGAGACCAAAAACAAACAAAUGACACAUGUGUUUAUCUGCUUGUUCUUCAUGUCUCACAGACUCAGAUCAGUUCAGGUCUCUCUGUGUCUCUCUCCUGUCGGCUGUAUUCAUAUCCUCGCAUCUCUUGUGAUGAAUGGAUCCGUUCUGAGGAAAUUCAGCUGUUCUGGGUGAAUCCGGCUGGUGUUAAUCUGAAUAUAUCAGACUCCAGAUAUCAGAUAUUACCCUCAUCAGAUCCCUGUAUCAUCUCUCUGACUACAACACUCCUGAAUGAAGAUCACAACAAAGAGUGGAGAUGUAAUGUUACUCAGAACAAUCAAGUCAAGACCUCAGUCACAUACACUGACAAGAGUCCAGCCAAACUAGAUGCUACUAUUUUGGUUAAUUUGCAUACCACUAAACUGAUUGUGAUUAUUGUAGAUUUUGCAGUGUUUGCUGCUCCUACUGUGAUACUUCUUCAGAUCAUCUGUGCAAGAAGAGCAGGGAGGAAGGACUCGCAGCACCCAGAGGAAACUGAGAUUAAUACAAUAGAGUAA